CACAAACUAGCCUUCGCAUAUAUAAACUAGCCUUAGCACAUCCACAAGUUCUUGGUACGCCGCAGCACACGAUCUCACCUCCCCUCACUUGGUAACAUGGACAGCGACAAGCAAGACUCCGACACCACAGCGUCAUCCUCGUCGUCCGCCAUCGACAAGCAGGCAGCACUGCGCCGCUACCUGCGCAAAGUCGACCUCCGGCUGCUGCUCUGGCUCUGGCUCCUCAACAUCUUUUGCCAGUUCGACAAGCAAGCAAUUGGCUCCGCCAAGGUCCUUGGUCUUGAGCACGACCUGCACCUCACUGGCAGCGACUUCAACAUUGCCGCCACUCUGUUCUCCGUUGGCUUUCUCCUGUUCGAUCCGAUCUCGCCGUACAUCGUGAGCCGUGUUGGCGCAUCAAAGGCAUUACCAGUCGUGGUGCUAUUGUUUGGAACUGUGUGUGGCCUGACAGCGCUGGCGCACUCCAAACGCGACAUCUAUCUGCUGCGGUUCUUUUUGGGUAUCGCCGAGUCGGGGUUUGCCCCCGGCGUGCUGUUUCUGUUCAGCACGUAUUAUCCGCGUGACAAGAUCACAGCACGUGUUGGCUGGUACUACAGUGCAUCGCCAGCCGGCGGACUGAUCGGUGGAGUUAUGUCCAGCGGCAUCUCGCAUAUCAACCACCCCACGAUCGAGCCAUGGCGCUGGAUCUAUAUCGUCCUUGGCUGCAUCACACUAGUGCUCGGAUCGCUGUCCUUUUUUAGCUUUAUCGCUGAGGAGAAUGCACAUGCGCCGCCCGAAAAAGUCAAGGCCAAAGAAGUCCUGAAUGUGCUCAAGGACUGGCAGGUCUGGGCGUUUGGGGCGACAUGCAUGCUGACGAGCUGCGGGUGCUCAAGCAUUAACGUGUUUGCACCGUCGAUUAUCAAAAACUACGGGUUCACGGCGUCCCAGUCCCAGGCGCUGCUGGCAGUGCCCUCGAUCUUCGGCUUCUUCGCAAUGGUCUCUGCCGGAUACCUUGUGCGCCGCUUGGGCUCGCAUUUUCUGGCCACCGUUCUCACCAUGUCACUGGUGGUCAUCGGCACAAUCAUUCUGCUCGCCACGCUGAGCGUGCCGGCGCGUAUGGUUGGCCUGUGCUUGAUGGCCGGAGGCACCAGACACGGGCGCAAGGCAAACGUCAGCUCGGCGUUUGUGCCGAUGCUUGGCGGGCUGAGCGUGUUUGUUGCGUCGAAUGCGUAUACGAACAACCAGCAGCCGCGGUACCUAAUCGGGCAUGGCAUUAAUCUGACUGCUGCCGUGCUGGCCAUCUUGUUUGCGUGCCUGCUAAGAUUCAACAUGGCUAGACGCAACAAGCGCAAUCUCGCCAGGUACGGCGAGGGCGGCGAGUAUUUCAAGUAUAUUUAUUAAAUCUAUCUAAUACAUACUUUCAG